AUUAGUUAGUAUACGACAUACAAUCCGUUCAUCCAACCAAACGGGUCUGGCUAUAUGUGACCUCCUACCAAAACAGUGACUUGUUUAGGUGGAGCCCACACAAAUUCAAUGGCAUCUGCAUAGGAACGGGGGAGCAGGUGGUCAGACACCGACCAUACCCCACCGAUGGCAUAGUCGGAUAGAAGUAGUCCAGGCUAGAAGCAUCGCCAUUAAACAAAUCCUUUUUGUUUGCAAGUCAGAGAAGUGUACGUUACAAGGUUUAGUUUGACAGUAGAUUCAGUUGGCCUAUACUUAUAUAUAAUUUUUUUUCUUCUUCAAGUCCGAAUCGCUUAAAGCAAUAAGUGCUUGGAAUGCAAAGAGACGUUGUGACCGCAAAUGUCCAAACAAUUGUGUAGCAUAACGCGAUAGAUCUUCAAAAGAAAUAAAUAAAUAAUCCACCGACAUUUUUAGUUACAGAAAGAGCAUACGCUCCCACAGGAAUGAUAAGGUCUGCUCCAAUCACGACUAUAAAUUCAAAAAAAAAAAAAAAAAAUAAUAAUAAUAAUAAUAAUUUGAAACCCCGAAGUCAUCUGAACCUCCCGCAUGUAAAUCAGACGGGUUUAAAGAACAAAAAGAGUAAAUUGAGGGCUAUAGGUAAAGAUAUCACGCGGAUGAAAGGUGUGUCCAUCCCAUACAAGACGCGCUCUAAAACUAGAAACGCUGCCAUGCAUUCAGCGAAUGUGCCAAACCCUAAAGCGCCAUGCGCAAACGACCCAGCGUUUAUAGAUCUCUCGGAUCGAAUUGGGGGCGGUAAUGUUGGGGCAAGUGGUGGAGAUAUUAGGCAGGGAGACUCCAAUAAUUUGCCAGGGAAUCAAGAUCGCAUUACAGGGGCGGCCCCAAAACAACAUAAAGAGUUGCAAAUAACCCACUCAGUGGGAGUGCCAACACCCACCUUGACCUUUCCCCAUCCUCCGUCCACUAACAAUAGCGACGCCAACCUGGUGUCCUCAAACAGUUUAACCAACGCGAGAGAUUUUCGCAACGAGUUAGCGCCGGUUUUAAAGGAAAUGGUGGCUGAGGUAAAAAACACUCUCUUAAAAGAGAUGCGCGAGAGCUUGCCCGGUUUGAGCAGAACGACAGGUGCAGAAAUAGAAUCGUCAAGGUUCGGUAAUAGAUCGCGAAAUCGGAACAACAAAAGAGCAAGACACAACUCCAGUAUCGAUUCGUUUAAUUCCGGACGCUCAGGAGAACUACAUAGAAACAACAAUAUUAAUCAAAACCAUACAAACAGAAAUAAUUACGGUGCAAUGUCCCAUUCGGCUGCGUAUGCAUGCGCCUUCGCGGAGCCACCACCACCUCGCCAACCGCCAAUAGCAGGUGCAGGGAUUCCAGCAGCUGUCUCCGAAGUCGCUCGUCCGGCAUCUGGAAGAGAAAACAACAAGGAAAUUAGUAAAUCGGAAAUCAAUAUCGAAAAAUGGGGCAUAAAUUAUCAGGGUCAUCGCGAUUCUAUGUCUAUCGAGGAUUUUUUGUUCCGUUUAGAGUACUUAAAAGAGCAAUACGUGUGUUCGUGGGGCGAGAUAUUACGCGAUUUCCAUCGGCUAUUGGGCGGAGAGGCGCGUGAGUGGUACUGGCUGUAUAUCCGUUCCCACGGUAAGGUCGACUGGCCCAGUUUACAAUUUGCGCUCAGACGCCAAUUCGCAUCACAACGAACCGACUUUGAAAUCCUGAGAGAAUUAACGGAGCGGAAGCAAAGGCCAGGGGAGACCAUCGACGAAUAUUUUCAUGUGGUUGGUACACUGCGCGCGCGCCUUAGGAAUCCCAUCGCUGAAUACGAGAUAAUAAGGUUAGUGAAAGGCAACUUGCGCGAAUCCCUGGCCAAGAUAGUUUACCCGAUUUCGGCAUACUCUCUGGAACAGCUCAGGCUAGAAUGCCAAGAGGUAGAACGAUGUUUUCCGCGUCGGGAACGCGUGAUUUCUAGUAACUUUGGGCAACGCGCACAGCAUGUAAAUGAAAUCGCUUCACUCGAAGACGAUGAGCGUUUUACUCCCGGUGAUGAGGGUCAAGUCACCGUGGAGGAAAUACGCCAUCAACGCUCAGCUAAGCCACCAGUCGGGCGCAAAAAGGUGUCAUGCUGGAACUGUGGUGCCGAAGGCCACUUUUUCACCGAAUGCAUGUCGCUUCAACGUCGAAUUUUUUGUUUCAAGUGCGGAAAGUUGGAUGUGAUAACACCUAAGUGUCCAACGUGUAAUCCUGCGGGAAACUCAGUACGGAACGCGAUUACGACGGGGGAAUCGCGCUCCAC